GGCAUUUGCAUCCGCGUUACUUAAUAAUAUUGUUUGUCCCUGGGCAGGUGUGUUACUGGACAUUUACCUCGGAUGCACCCCUUGGGCGCACCAUGCUGCCGACUGUCUCCGCGGAGGAAGACGCCACCUGACGCCACUCCGCUUGGAUCUGGGUAACCUUCCUGUCCUACCCGUGUACCUACUCCUUGCGCCAAAGAGCGAUGCAGACUAAGCCAUGAGUCAGUUCCGGGCGUUAGCGGGUGUGCUGAAGGGGGGCCGUGCUGGAGGGAACCAGCUGAUCCGAGCGAACGGAGGCGGCCAGGUCCUCAGGCGCUGGGUUGACCCCAGGAGAGGCUGCAGCUCCAAGUCUGAGCCACUUCUCCCAGCGGUGGCCAAUAGCUCCAGUUAUGUGGAGGAGAUGUACUUUGCCUGGCUGGAGGAUCACAAAAACGUCCACGAGUCUUGGGAUGGGUUCUUCCGUAACAUCCAGGCCUCCAGUCCAUCUGGCGAGGUGGGCGAGAGACGCCCCUCUGCUCUGCUCCAGGGCCGAGUGCUGUCCCACUCAGCAGACAUGGCACAGAAAGUGGUGGAGGACCACCUGGCUGUGCACACUCUCAUUAGGGCCUAUCAGAUUCGUGGUCACCACGUUGCCCAGUUAGACCCUCUGGGAAUCCUGGAGGCUGACCUGGACUCAUUUGUUCCCUCAGACCUCAUCACCAGCAUUGACAAAUUAGGUUUGUAUGGUCUUGAUGAGUCCGACUUGGACAGAAGCUUCCAGCUGCCCAUCACCACCUUCAUAGGUGGACAAGAGACGACUCUGGCACUUAGAGAAAUUAUACGCAGGCUUGAGAUGUCCUACUGCAGUCACAUAGGGAUUGAAUUCAUGUUCAUUAACAAUGUGGACCAGUGCCAGUGGAUUCGUCAGAAGUUUGAGACUCCAGGAAUCAUGCAGUUCACCAACGCUGAGAAGAGAACUCUGCUCGCUCGCCUCAUCAGAUCCACACGGUUUGAGGACUUCCUGGCCAGAAAGUGGUCAUCAGAGAAACGUUUCGGUCUGGAAGGCUGUGAAGUUCUCAUCCCCGCACUUAAAACCAUCAUUGACAAGUCGAGCGCUGCAGGUAUCGACAGUGUGAUCAUGGGGAUGCCUCAUCGGGGUCGGCUGAAUGUCUUGGCUAACGUGAUCCGUAAGGAGCUGGAUCAGAUCUUCUGUCAGUUUGACCCCAAAUUAGAGGCUACGGAUGAGGGUUCAGGUGAUGUCAAAUACCACCUCGGGAUGUUCCACGAGAGGAUUAACCGUGAAACGGACAAGAACAUCACGCUGUCCCUCAUGGCAAACCCCUCCCACCUGGAAGCGGUGGAUCCGGUGGUGCAGGGGAAGGCCAAAGCUGAGCAAUUCUACAGAGGAGACACUCAAGGAAAGAAGGUGAUGUCCAUCUUGAUGCAUGGUGACGCUGCUUUUGCUGGACAAGGAGUUGUGUACGAGACCUUCCACCUGAGCGAACUUCCCUCCUACACCACACAUGGGACGAUCCAUGUUGUGGUCAACAACCAGAUCGGCUUCACCACAGAUCCUCGGGUGGCCCGCUCCUCUCCUUACCCCACCGACGUGGCUAGGGUCGUCAAUGCACCCAUCUUCCAUGUGAACGCUGACGACCCGGAGGCUGUCAUCUAUGUGUGCCGGGUGGCUGCAGAGUGGAGGGCCACCUUCAACAAGGAUGUCGUCAUUGACCUGGUUUGUUACAGGCGGUUUGGCCAUAAUGAAAUGGAUGAGCCCAUGUUCACCCAGCCGCUGAUGUACAAACAGAUCCGUCGGCAGGAGCACGUUCUAAAAAAGUACUCCGACAAGCUCAUCGCUGAGGGAGCGGUGACACUGCAGGAAUUUGAGGAAGAAGUAGCCAAAUAUGACAAGAUAUGCGAGGAGGCAUACACCAGCUCCAAGGAUGAAAAGAUCUUACAAAUUCGACACUGGCUUGACUCCCCCUGGCCAGAUUUCUUCACAGCGCAGGGAGAGCCCAAGAGCAUGAGCUGCCUCCCUACAGGUCUGGACGAGGAGGUUUUGCAGCACAUUGGCCAGACGGCCAGCUCAGUGCCUAUGGAAGACUUUAAAAUCCACCCGGGUGUGUCGCGUAUCCUGCGUGGCCGAGCUGACCUGGUGAAGAAUCGUCAGAUGGACUGGGCUCUAGGAGAGUACAUGGCCUUCGGCUCUCUUCUCAAAGAUGGCAUACACGUACGACUCAGCGGGCAAGAUGUGGAGCGGGGAACCUUUAGUCACCGUCAUCACAUUCUGCACGACCAAGAGGUGGACAGACGGAUCUGUGUUCCCAUGAACCACCUGUGGGAGAACCAGGCUCCUUACACCGUCUGCAACAGCUCCCUAUCAGAGUAUGGCGUUCUAGGUUUCGAGCUCGGCUUCGCCAUGGCCAGUCCAAAUGCUCUGAUCCUUUGGGAGGCCCAGUUUGGAGACUUUCACAAUACAGCGCAGUGUAUCAUUGACCAGUUCAUCAGCUCAGGCCAAGCCAAAUGGGUCCGCAACAAUGGCAUUGUUCUGCUGCUGCCACACGGGAUGGAGGGAAUGGGUCCAGAACAUUCAUCGGCUCGACCUGAGCGCUUCCUGCAAAUGAGCAAAGACGAUCCAGAUCACAUCCCCGAGUUCAGUGGAGACUUUGAAGUCCAGCAGCUGUACGACUGUAACUGGAUCGUGGUUAACUGCUCUACGCCUGCUAACUACUGUCACGUGCUCAGACGACAGAUUCUGCUGCCAUUCAGAAAACCGUUGAUCGUUUUUACUCCAAAGUCUCUGCUGAGGCACCCGGAUGCAAGGUCGAGAUUUGACGACCUCGCCAAAGGCACUGCAUUCAAGAGACUGAUUCCUGAUGAAAGCCCUGCAAGUCAAUGCCCUGACCAAGUUAAGAGGGUCAUCUUCUGCACUGGCAAAGUCUACUAUGAACUGGCUAAAGAGAGGAAACAGAAGAACAUGGAGAGAGAUGUUGCCAUCAUCAGACUUGAACAGAUCUCUCCUUUCCCGUUUGACCUGGUCGGAGAACAGGUUGAGAAAUACGCCAGUGCUGAGUUGGUCUGGUGUCAGGAGGAGCACAAGAACAUGGGUUACUACGACUAUGUGCGGCCGCGUUUCCUCACAGUAGUUGCCAACAAGAAGCACAUAUGGUACGUGGGACGGGACCCCGCGGCCGCUCCCGCAACGGGGAACAAGUCCACCCACCUGAAUGAGCUGAAGAGGUUCAUGGACACUGCUUUCAACUUGAGCUUCUUCCAGGACAAGGACUUAUAAUGAAGAGUAGGAACAGGAACCAGCUCAUAGGUGCAGUUUCAUCUCUACGAUCGUUACUCUCUCUUAGAUUCAUGACAAUCUGGUGCUUAGCCUAGUGGUUUAGUGAACAUCAUUUUAAGACCUCAUAUUAGUAAGUAAAAGACUACAAGACAGAUUAUAAGGCUCUAAAGGGUGGUAAACCUCAGCCACCGUCUUCAGAAGUUGCAAAAAAAAAUAUGCAAAAAAAAAAAAAAAAUGAGCC